UGGAGUAUAGAGAUAAAGAGAGGCAGAGAAAACGAGAAAGUAGGCGGCAAGCAAGCCAAGCUCAACGAGAGAGAGAGCGGCAGAGAGCUAGAGAAAGCGGUGAGGCAAAACUGCUCUGACGAGCAACGGGAGAGGGAGCAAGAAAGAAACAGAGAAAGGAGGCGCAAUUUUACUGACCAGCAACGGGAGAAAGAGCAGGAAAGGGAUAGAGAAAGGAGGCGCAAUUUUACUGAUGAGCAACGGGAGAGAGAACAUGAAAGGGAUAGAGAAAGGAGGAAACAUUUUACUGAGGAGCAACGGGAGAGAGAACAGGAAAGGGAUAGAGAAAGGAGGCGCAAUUUUACUGAUGAGCAACGGGAGAGAGAACAUGAAAGGGAUAGAGAAAGGAGGAAACAUUUUACUGAGGAGCAACGGGAGAGAGAACAGGAAAGGGAUAGAGAAAGGAGGCGCAAUUUUACUGAUGAGCAACGGGAGAGAGAACAGGAAAGGGACAGAGAAAGGAGGAAACAUUUUACUGAGGAGCAACGCGAGAGAGAGCAAGAGAGAAACAGAGAAAGGAGGCAAAAUUUUACUGACGAACAACGGGGAUAUGCGCAAGAAAGAGAAAGGGAAAGGCGACAAAAUUUCACUGAAGAGCAACUGGAGAAUGAACGAGAGAGAGCAAGAGAAAAUAGACGCCUAAUAAGCGACGAGCGGCGAAGAACGGAGCGAGAGACAGCAAGGGAAAACAGGCGUCGUAUAAACGAAAAGGAACGAGAAGGAGGAGAAGGUGAGCGAAUUUUUGCCGAGGUUUGCUUUCAAUCGGGGAUUUUACGAAUACAGAGAUAGCUUUUGUUUUGUUUGUUAAUCAAUAACCUCUUUGUAAUUGCAUCAGUUUUUUUGGACCAAUCACCACACGUCAUUUGUUGUCACGCAGUCUAGAGUUGAUACUUUUAUCAUCCAUUGAAGUUGACCUCUGUCCUCCAAGUUCGUUGAAGAGAAACGAUAUGACUGAAAUUUCACUUUAACAAGACAGUCGCGUCCAAGAUAAAAUUAUAGAGUAACCUUAUAAUUCGUGCUCCUCGGUGUAUUUUCGUUGUUUCUGGCGCGGAAAAUAAGGUAAUCUUAAAUUGUAUUAAUGAAAUUUUAUCGAAAAUUAUAACCAUUGCCAUGUGUCCGAUGCAUCGGUGAAUGAAUGAUAACUCCUUAUGUAAAUUUUAGGCGACUCUGGCCUCUGUGACAAGUUAAAAUGAUUCAGUGUUAGAGGAUUGUAAAUUAUACGGUCUGUGAAAGCGUUGUUAUGUUUUCUGAAAAGAGAGCAGAGAGCACCUUGAAUUUGAAGAUUUUCAAUGUCUGUUGAAAGAGCGUUUUGGUGCAGAUUGUUCGAGCUUACCUCUAUUUGUUUUAUUCAGGGUAAACAGAAUUUGAAGGAUCUAUUCUCCCUCUUGUAAUUGAAAUAACUUUUAUUAUUUUACUAUAAAUCUAGGCUUUUCCAUUUUGUAGAUACCUAUCUUCGAGUGUUUAAGAAUAUAUAUGGAGAUCUAUGUAAAUAAGGAGGGCAGCCAGGGUUAGAAAUUAUUUUUGAAUGUUGACAGGCCAAACAAAUUUAAGCUCGGUCAUGUCUAGUUACUAACCGGUCAAAAUAAAUUAUUACCUGCCAAACAAAUUUUAGCUCGGACCGGUCAAAAGACAGUAAAAACUCGUAGGUAAGAACCUGGAUUUUCCCUUUGCAUUAACAGGUACGUUCUUACAAAAAUAGUUAUUGGCAAAAAAUUUGUAUAUUUUUCUAAAAUGAAAAGGUUCUUAUUUUCUGCAGGAAAAAAAACAUUGCAGCUUAUGUCUCCCAAAGAGGUUCACCUGAAUAUUUUCCAGGUGUAUUGAAUUUUUUUUAUAGAUUUGAGAAAAUAAAGAUGUGUGUCAAAUAUUGGGCUAAACAGGUUCUUGUAUAGAUCCUGGGGCCUAAUUAUAACUGGCAAGUUUAGCCAAACAGGUUCCUAAAAACCAGGUUCUUAGUCACAGCUAGGUUUUUACUGUAUUGAAGACAUUGUACUUUGCAGUAAUAGCCAAAUUAAGACAAAAAUUAUGUGAUCAUAAAUGCUCAAAAACUCCUUGUGUUGAGAGAUGGGGAAAUAUUAUAAACCAGUUUUGAGUGUGGUUAUCAAGUUGUUCAUUCAUUGGAGGGUACAGUGUAGUAAAUAAUAUUUCCAGGAAUAUUGUCAAGCUCAGCUCGUUUAUUCGUAAAAACAAUUCCCCAUUAGAGUUAAACCAGAAAUCACAACUUUUGGCUCAGUGUUGUUCUGACAUGUUUUCUUUGAACAAUAGGUGUAUGUAGGGGUGAGGGAAAAUUCUUGCCCAACUAAAGAUUUUAUCUUAUCUUCUUAGCCAUGGAAGAACAUGAAAGUCAGGUCCUCCAGGUUGAAUGUAGCGUGGAAUGCUCUCUGCUUUGUGAACAAGAGCAAAGUCACUCAGCAGGUACUGAUAUAGUUCAUGGUAGAUGGUAUUUAUUAUAGAAUUGCAUAAUUGAGUAAAAUCACGCAUUCUGAUUGGUUAAUGAAGAGAGGUAUUCAGUGUGGAAUUGCGAGUUGAAAACGAGGCUAAGGGAUUUUUUUUUUCGCAUCUACGUAACAACUAUUGUCAAAUUGUAACACAACAACUGCAAAAAAGGUUUUCUACAAUGUCAUUUUAAAAUGUUUUCAAAAUCAUUGUCCAGGGAUUGCAAAUUUUAUUGAUUAGUGGAGUCACUGUGACUUCCGCUUCACAAAUUUUGGAGUCAUUUUGGAAAAUUUGGAGUCAAGUAUCACAACGAAAAAAGCCAUUUGCAGACUUUACAGCACUUGGUCCUGGCAUGAAUAACUAUCGUGAUGGAUACACGGUGUAGCUGUGGGGGUUCACUGACCUAGAAAGCUCAAAUCCAUGAUGGCGGUCAUCGAGUAAACUUUGAUCAUAAUUUACCCUCUUCCUGUUUUGUCGUGCAGUAUCAUUCUUUAAUUUUGAUGAUUUAAUUAAGGUUUACAACGUUUAAAAUUAAUGUAAAUUGCAUUUGUUGCGAAAAAGGUAGGGACAAAACUGUGUUUGUUACCGAAAAUUCCUGGAGUCGAAGUGGCUCCCUGUUUGUUACCGAAAAUUUCUGAAGUCAAAGUGACUCCCUCCGUAACCUCUGUGGAGUCAUCUGAACAAUUUUGGCGUAAAAUACGCCAAAUUUGGCGUAUUUGCGAACCCUGCAUUGUCACCUUUUGUAUAUCCUUUCUUAACAUACUGUAAUGUCGCCUGGUCCUCCACCUACUGUUCCAACCUAAACUGUAUUUACCUUUUGCAAAAGUAUCUAGUGCGGCUCAUAACAAAAGCUCACUAUCUAGCAAAUACCGCCCCUUUGUUUAGCCAGCUUAAAGUCCUUGACAUAUUUAGUAUUAAUUCAUUUUCUGUCACUACUUUUAUGUAUUGUUAUCACCAUAAUCUUUUGCCUAGUAGCUUUCGUGACUUGUUCUUAAGUAGUAAUCUGAAGUCCAUCAAUACCAAAAUUCGACUGGCCUCUCAGUAUAGACCUCAUUUUUGUAGAUCAAAUAUAAAGCAAUUCAACAUCCUUUACCGAGGACCUAAAAUCUGGAAUUCGUUGCCUGUUUCACUAAUUAGCUCUCCUUCUAUAUUUGUUGUUAAAAAAAAUUUAAAGAAUUAUCUCACUGAUAGCCGAUCUGUCGCUUAAUUUUCUGAUCUUGCUCACUCUGCACUCAGCCAUGAAUUUAGUUCUCUAGGUAGUUGAAGGAAGCCUAUUAAUAUAAGCUUCAAGCUUCGUUAGACUUCCUUGUCACAUUAAUUUUAUAAUUUAAUUAACACCUUUUGUUUAUGUUGUAUAAGGUUUUGUGGGUGACUAAAUAAAUAAAUAGUUAAAAACAAACAAAAGCAUUUUUUAAAGUGAUCCGGAGGUUCUUCCUUGUUUUGAACUAAACUACAAAUUCUUGGAGAGGUAUAAAAAACCCCUUUCGCUAGCGACAAUGAGAAAACAAGAAAAUCCUGUGAACACAGCCCAGAAAAUGGCAAGCCAAAUUCAAACAAACAAAACGGAGAAGCGACAAUGGAGGAAGUGCCGGGGUCAAUUGUCACAUAUACAGAAGAAGAAAUAAAUACCUUCAAAGAUCACAUUGUCCCUGAAAACACAAAAAAGGGUACGCCACUUGCAUUCAUCCUGAAUCGUGGUACUUAGGAAAGUACAAAACAGAGCUGAACUUGAACAGCAUUUUUAAAACAUUUCAAGGUACUUACCUUAUAUCAAUCGCAACGUUAAACUUUCAGUGCUUUGCCUUGGACACUUCAUUUCUUUCAGUUUUGCUACCGAAGAGGUAAAAGGUGUAAAUUAUUUUCCUUCACGAGCAAAUGACCAAUUUGAAAAAGCACGUUAUAGAUAACCGGCUUGUAAAUUCAGUGAAAUACCUCUAUUUAUCCUUACAAUUAGUGUGAAGCUUGUUCAUGUGUAAAAAAGUUUGAAAACAAAUGUAAAAACAAGCACAAGGUACAAAAAAAGUUGUCAAAGGUUCAAACGUGUAUGACUGACCUUGCUUCCUAUUCGCUAACGCAAUGACAGGUUUGACAUUUGACUUUGAAAUGGCUUUCUGGGGCGCGUGCUCAGGAUAAAAACAAACAAUAUUAUUGGUGUUUUCUUUUUUUUCCUGAUUUUUAUUUGAUUAUGCGAUUCAAGGAAAAUCCAUUACCUGACUCGUGAAUUCCACGUUAAUUAAAUUGCACUUGAAAACCUAUAUCGGUUUUCGUGUGCAAUUUAACGUGGAAUUCCCUCGUCAGGUAAUGAAUUUUCCUAUAAAACUUAAUAAUAUACGUGGAAAAAUUUCUUGAAUCAGAUUGGCUUAGAGCAGUGCAGUUUUUAGUAAACACAGUACAAAAACAAGGAAACAUAAUGCAAAAAUAAGGAAAUAAAGUGCAAAUUUCUCACAGAAUGAAAACCUGUGAUUGGCUAAUAAACAAUCAGUGUUCUCCAGAAGCGCGGGCAACUGGCAGUUUCACUGGGAACUCUUUUCCAAAGUGCCAGCUACUCUUAUGAGUCAAAACAUAAAAAAAAACUGUCUGUAACUUUUAUCUUCAAUUUUUCGUAAGUUCCAUUUUUUUCCGCGAAGGAUAAAACGGCACCCGAAGCAAAUUGUGUUAAUUCAUUUCUUAGAAUACUAGAACAUGCAAUUUCAUCGGGAAAAUAACAAACAAACAAAAAAGCCACAAGAGCUUGUUUGAAAGUUUAUCGAAAAACACAUGAAAAUACAUGGAACUAAAGUGCCUUGAACAGCUACAAAAGAAGACAGGUGUUGUUUAUUCAUGGUUGCGAAGCCACUCCCUGAGGCACUUGCCGAUAGAUAGCUGUGGCUUGUUUAUCCGACAUGAAGAAUAUAAAUCACAAGCAACUAGAAUACAGGCUAUGCAGCCAUUCACUACAGCAAUCGAGGCGUCAGUAAAGCUUCUUUUCUUGUUCAGCAAAACCAGCUUGUGGCUUCAAACAACGUCAUAACAAGCGACCAAGGUAAUAGUUUUUCUCCGUUGUUCUUACUUUUGUAACUGCUCCAAAAAUCCAAAUUCACAGUAAUUUUGAUGGCUGUUAAGAAUUAUUUUUCUUCACAUUAUCCGCCAGGUUUUUUUAGCUGUCCCGCUGUGUAAAAUCCUAGAAUCUCGAUGAGUUUUUAAAAGUGUUCAUCUUUACAAUGUUUUGAUUUUUCAUUCAUCCAGUCCAGGCGAGUCGGUUCACGCGUUGACAGUUCUGAGAGACAUGUGACAUGUGAAUAGCAGAACUCCCUUGUCUUUUCUGGUUUGUUCUAACAAGAUUCAAAGGGAUUUUGUGGGCAUUUUUAAUAAAAUAAUUAUUCCACUUGCGCUUGUUGGAUGAGAUGAUUAUUGCCAACUCGGCGCUAUGUGUCUCGUUGGCUAUUUUCCACCUCAUAUCCAACGUGCCCUAGUGGAAUAAUUGUUAAUUAUAAAAUAACUAAGAUAGUACAUGCAUUCUGAUUGGUUAAAAACCAAUAGUUUAUUGUGCCGGUAAAAUCACAGAAAACUGAAACAUGCUUUAAAGUUAUUUUUUAAAAGUAAAAGACCACAUUUUCUAAAGGUUUGCUGGUGUGAUAACCCACUUGGGAUGUUGGGAGAAGACUGGAAAAGCUUGUAAACCACCAGCUUAACUUCUCAGAUCUCUGGGCCUCAUGCUCCCAAACCCCCCCUUAGAUACGGUACUCUCGCUUUACCAGCACUUGGUGUCAGGCACCAGUUACUUUACAUUGGGAGCUGGCUACUCUAAAACUUCUGGAGAACACUGAACAAUAGAAAUAUAUAAGGACCAAUGAGCCUCAUGCGAUCAGGUGUCACAAUCUACUUGCUUAUCUUCUUAGCCAUGGAAGAACAUGAAAGUCAGGUCCUCCAGGUUGAAUGUAGCAGGGAAUGCUCUCUGCUUGGUGGACAAGAGCAAAGUCAAUCAGCAGGUACUGAUAUAGUUCAUGGUAGAUGGUAUUUAUUAUAAAACUUAAUAAUAUACAUGGAAAAAUUUCUUGAAUGAGAUUGGCUUAGAGCAUUGCAGUUUUUAGUAAACACAGUAAAAAAAACAAGGAAACAUAAUGCAAAAAUAAGGAAAUAAAGUGCAAAUUUCUCAGAGAAUGAAAACCUGUCAACAAUCAGUGUUCUCCAGAAGCGCAGGCGACUGGUGGUUUCGCUGGCUACUCGAUCUUAUGACUCAAAACAGUAAAAAAACCUGUCUGUACCUUUUAUCUUGAAUUUUUCAGAAGGUCCUAAAAGCAACAAAAACAAUAACUUGUCGUACAAAAAGCUCUUUGGUGUAUGACAAUUUGCCUUUUGCUAAUGGUAUUAUCGAUAUAUUUACUGAAUGAUUUUUGAUGAGACAUUGCCAGAUAAUAUUUUUUAAUUAUAAAAUAACUAAGAUAGUACAUGCAUUCUGAUUGGUUAAAAACCAAUAGUUUAUUGUGCUGGUAAUCUCAUAGUAAACUGAAACAUGCUUUAAAGUUAUUUUAUAAAAGUAAAAGACCACAUUUUCUAUGGAUUUACCAUCAUGAUAACUCACUUGGUUCUUGGGAGAACUCUGGAAAAGCUUGUAAAUAACGAGCAAAACUUCUCAGAUCUCUGGGCUUAAUGCUCCCAAACCCCUCCCUUAGAUACAGUACUCUCGCUUUAUCAGUGCUUGGUGUCAGGCACCAGUUUCUUUGCUUUGGGAGCUGGCUACUCUAAAACUUCUGGAUAACACUGAACAAUAGAAAUAUAUAAGAACCAAUAGCCUCAGGUGUCACAAUCUGCUUGCCCAACUUAUUAAGAUUAUAUCUUAUCUUCUUAGCCAUAGAAGAACAUGAAAGUGAAGUCCUCCAACUUGAAUGUAGCAUAGAAAGCUCUCUGCCAGGUGAACAAGAGCAAAGUCAUUCAGCAGGUACUGAUAUACCGGUAGUUGUUUAUGGUAGAUGGUAUUUUAUUAUGAAAGUUAAUAAUAUACAUGAAAAAAUUUCUCUGUGAAUUUGAUUGGCUUAGAGCAGUGUACUUUUUAGUAAACAUAAUGCAAAAACAAGGAAACAUAAUGCAAAAAGAAAGAAAUAUAAUGCAAAUUUAUCAGAGAAUGAAAAACUGUGAUUGGGCUAAUAAACAAUAGAAAUUUAUCAGAACUAAUUAAGUGCCACAAUUUGCUGGUGGGAAGCAUGUAUACUUUUAAAACUUCCCCCUUUUUGGUGUAAUUAAUUAUGCUCUGUUGUCUUACCUAAGUAAUCUUUCCUUUUUCUUGUAACACUUUUUUUCUCAAUAUUUUAUUUUAUGAAUUUACCUGAUUAUUUUUAUUUAUUUAUUCAUUGUGGGUUGUUUUUUUUUCAUUUUUGUAACCAAGAUUUUGAAAUUAAUAAAGGUGUGGUUGGGCGUGUGUGUGUAACAAAUAAGGAUGUUAAAACUUUCAUAUAUAUAUAUUUUUUACAUGGACUCAAAAGAGCAGCUAUAUAAUCAGUGAUUUUGUUACCUCUGCAUUGGAUCUAUGUUCCUGACACAUAAAAAUCGCCGAAGACAUAAAAUAAUUCAUGGAUAUAUCGAUCUGAACGUGUGUAUUUGUAGAAGUAUCCGUGACGUGUAAUUUCUGUGGCAGUUAUGGUUGUUGUUUAGUGAUGCAUAUUUGUUUUAGCCUUUGUUGACUUCUGCUUUAAAAUAGAAGAACUAUAUUUUAAUUUCAGUAUACUAUAAUACAGAGUUUUGGAGUGUGUCUUCAGAUUAACUGUCUGCGGCUGGUACAUAAAGGCCCAAACAUUUUCCAUUUUGGACUCAUUUUUUUUAACUGGGACUCAUUGGUUCUGGACUGGGACUCAUGAUUUCUCACAAGAUGAGUCCCAGAAUUCAUCAUAUUUAUUUGUAACAAAAACACUGUAUAAUUCAUUGAUUAGACCUUUUGUCGUGUAAUUCAAGUGUUGUUGUUGUGGUAAACAUGACAAGUCAUCAUGUCUGUACUUAAUUCUCCAUGACUGGAUUGUAGGAUUUUGUUCUGUUUGUAUUUGAUCGUGCAUUAUUAUUAUGGGAAAACUUACCUUCAGUUAGGGUUACAUUAUUUUUGACUAGGACAAAGUUAAAAUACAUUGAAUUCUCAUAGAGAUAAUUAUUUUUGGAUUAUAAUAAUGAGUUCAUUGGUUGGGUCCCCCAUUAUAUUUGAUGACUGGUUUAUGAAAUAUCAGCACUUAGAAAAAAAUGAUUGUCAAGGAUGUUGUAUUAUCCGAAGUUUCAAAAGUAGAAAUAUUAUGUAUUUUCUAUUUGAAAUCAGGUUUUGAGAACACUUCCACAGAUACAGCUUUAUAAUAGUAAUUUUGUACAGUUAUACAAGCAUGCAGUACUAGGGUGCGAAAGAAAAGGAGGUCAGUUUUUGUGCUUGUCCUUCGGGAAGGCUGUAGCUUGCAUCUGUUAGCCCAAGAAUCACAACUCUAUUAUCCCUCAGGCAAGAUAAAAAAUAGAAUCCACUAGCCCCAUAGCUUAUAUGAAUUGUGUACUGGUUAAUACAAAUAAUUCAUUUACUAGGAGAAGAGUUGGAACAACACAUUCCUGCAGUAGAAAAUGGCCCAAUUGAGGGAGCAAGCAACGUGCAGGAAACACAGCAACCUCUUCCAGAAGUAAAUAAUAGUAGCCACUUAGAAGAUGACCGCCUAAUUGCUAGAGCAAGGGCAGUUGGUGUGGACUAUGAGUUUCCAAAGCCUGGUGAAGUGGAAACGGAGGAUGACAGAAGAAAAGAUUUUAUUUACUUGAAUCCAGUCCAUUCCUUUUUCUCUCCAACAACAAUGGUAUAUUAA